AUGAAACGCUUGUGGGAGGAGACUCUUUCCGAUCAUAACACACGAAAUGUAAUAUUUUCUUCGGAAAGUUAUCAUCCGUUAUUUGAUGGAUUAUCGGAAGAGUCUCUUGAGCCUUUAUUGUCCAAGAUGGUGAACGAGAGUGGAUGGAGAAAAUUAAAUAGUAAUUCUGGAAAUAUUCAUUCUCAAGAAAAUUCUGUUCUUGAGUUGAAGAGCAAUAAAUUGGAGAGCACGAUGGAUGGAAAGGAGUCUGAAAAAUUAUCAUCACAAAAUGAUUUUAAAUUUCAAAGUUUUACAACCAAAAAUGAUUCAUCUCAACGAUUACACAAGCCUAGUGAUGAAAUUUACAAUGAUUUUUCUCCUCACUCUCUACAACGAAGACUAGCUGUUUCACCAAGUUCAGAAUUCUCUCUUUUUGAAUGGUUUAACUAUUGGUUCAAAGGUUUGACACUAUUCUUUUCAACAUAUGGUGCUAUUAGCAAUCCCCAUAAAUAUAUCAAUGAAAAUUCACAACUACCCGAUAGAAUGACUCACGACUUUUAUUCAAGAGUUUAUAAAUAUAACAAGCAGGAAUAUUUAGAUGCAAUGGAUAAUGCUGAUUAUAGUAUACAUGCUCCAAUGACCUAUAAUUAUGAAGAUUGCAUGCAAUUCAAAAGAUAUAUUUCAAUUGUGGGUACCUUCUGUGGAGCAGCGCUGGGAAAUGGAUUUUCGUUUGCCUACAACUUUGGUAAUAUCACAAAUGGAAGACAAACGCUUCGUUUUGUGGCUGCAGGGUCGAUUAUGGGCUUUAUGUUUUCUCGAUUUUUCUUGGCGCCAAGGAAAGAAAGUUGUUUUGAGCAAAUUAUUAAUCAGGCUCUCUCUGAAAGAAUUAUAACUAGAGGAUAUAACAACAUGAUGCAAUAUUAUGAAUCUACCAAGCAUGAAAUGAAUCCAGAAAAGCGAAUGCCACUAAAUUGGUAUUCAAAUCAAUUGAGUCAGGUACAACGAGAUUAUUUAAAUAAGAGAAUGCAAGAACACUACUCAAAUGCAUUGAAAACUGCUGGGUGCAGUACUGAGUUUCUCACAGAUAUGGAUUGCAAGGACGAAAUUGAAUGGAAACUUUUUCUCGAUAAGAACUUUCCAAAAGAAUAUCCUUCACAUAGAAAACAUUUUAAAUUUCUGUAA